AUGACUGUUGUCCGCAUUGUCCCGAUACCGCGACGACACACUACACCGGACGAGAAGUUCCUCAGGCCAAGAAUACAGCUGGAAAGUCGAGAGCAUGGUGCUUAUCUGUACAAAUUCGAGGCCACCCGAGCACUCCCCGUUGUUGAUCUCCGACACACUCUAUCACAUCGAUGGCUGGGUCCACAGCGAAAUUUAAAGUUUUUACGCUGGAUGAAGAAGAAUUUUGACUUUAUGCACUUCGGACAGAUACUUGGAAUUUUACUUACGGUGGUGGUGGUGGCUUCACCACGGGACGUUGGUAAAAUACUAGGACCAAUUUCUGCGGCGCUCUCAAUGACGUCUUUAAUGAGCUCAACGGCCACCGCAAGCCUCGACGUGUUGAGACUUCUCAGUCAAUUUUACGAGUUCUGGUUCUUCACAGUUGCCAACUUCAUCGCCUGGUCACUACUCGCUUUCUUCUUGGCCGAUCCACUACGAGCCAUGAGUUUAAUUCCACUUUGGCUCAACUCACAACUCUCAAUUUCGAUGGACACCAACUUCCGCACGUUCGUAAUAGCCAUACGCAGCAACAUUAUACUCUUGACUGUGCUGAUAGUCAUCGUAGUUCUCGUCUUCCUCCAAGUCGUAGAUGUCGAAGAAGCUCGUCUCGGAACGUUGAUACCCUUAACCGGUGCAGUGGAAGAUGUCACGUUACCAUUACUGGGACUAUUCGAGAACGCCGUGGCCACUUUGAUCCCGUUUAUCAUGCGAGUUCUCUAUACAAAGCGAAAGCUCUUCGCAGCACACAGUGCCGGCUCCAAACUCAUCCGAUGUCAGCUCUAUCGUACCCAUCUCGUGCUGCGUCCUGUGCGGUACUCAAGAACUGCCAGUCUUGGAGUCGAGACCAGUAGCAGAGGCCACGUUCUGCACAAACAACUCGGCAUUUCAUCCCCCGUCAUGUCCAUAGCAAGCGCCAACGACACAGCUCAACAUCAUCAGCAGAUCACACUCGUGGCAUUACGCCUCAGCGCUAUCGACACACGAAACACAAUAUUAAAAUCGUGGCCGACGAAGCCUCCAGAGCGGUUCUCCGUCUCGAAACUCAUCAGAAUUUACGGCACCGGAUCAUUCGGACUAGCGCUCACGGUUGCAACGCUAACUCUUCCACCAGGUGGGAGUCAAUCAGCACAGGAAUACGCAGUCCCUGUCCUCGGAUUCCUACUCAGCUUGGCCUUCUGUGCUGUAUUUGCAUGCGCCAGUCAGCGAGAUAUGCUGCGUGCCUUGUUAUUCCAUAACUUCGGCUUUCUUUUCUCAACGUUGCACUGCUCCAUAGCGUGUCUGUGUGUGUCGGAUAUGAUGAGUUGGGACUAUCGUUGUUGGGCGGUGGCCAGUGCCUUCCUGUGGUUCGUGUGGGUCCAGCUGCUCGAUGCUGUGACUCCACCUGUACGACGACAACUCAGCUUCUCGAAGCUGCAAGUGGUGCCCGUGUUGUGGUUAUUAUGGGCUCUAAUGCUCUCAGUAGCCUACGCAAGCGUCUUCCUGUCUGCAGAGACCAGUGGACUGCACGGAAGAGACCUCGUGCACUUCCGUGUAGGCCACAAAGUGAUCAACACCAAGAUCAUUCUCAUCAACCGCGUCUUCAUCAUGUUCUUCUGGAUGCAGCGUCACGCGUGGAACGUCUUCAAAGGAGCGUUCAUACGUUGCAGACAGUUCAUUCAUCCGCCAGUUCCCUCAGAAGAUCCAGAUGAAGACGUCUUAGAUCCUGACGAAGAAGAGCUUAGUAUUAUGCGCGGAUCUCUGGAAUAUUUCUGCCCAUUCGACACUUUUCCAGGACUACGACGCAGGAUCAGAAGCUUACGGAUGCCUUCCAGUAGUACCAGUAGUUUUCGCAGGAACUCGCUGACUGGACGGCAUCGUGUUCGACGUCUCAGUUCUGCGACUUUGUUGACUGGAGUGAUGGUUUCUACCGAGGAGCAACGACGGAAAACCAGACGAGGGGCAUUCGGACAGCGUUCCAGUGCUUCAAGCGUUAAUCAUACUAUCGUUCCUGUCCGAGAGAAGAGGGCGUGGAGUGAGUCCGUCCCUGGUAUGAUUAGCGAUGAAUAAUACAGAAAGUAAAAUAAAAGUAAUGGUAGUAUUUCAAGACUCAUCGGUACUGCUCGACUUCUUGAUCCGGGC